UACGGCAAAGCAGAGAAGUUGGAGUUCUAUAACGAUGAGGAGGACAAAAUUGAGCAUCCUCCACCUCCUCCCAAACCUAAGCGACGCCCUACAACAGAGACAGAAGAGGAGUAUAAGCAUAGAAUCAAAGAAUGGGAAGCUUUGAUGCCACAUGCAAGAGAGGUCAAAGUACAAGGCAAUUCUAUGACCCAGAAGUACUAUGUGGACCGUCUACUACCUAUCUACUGUCAAGCCAUCGAGUCUAUGCGCCAUAUCGAUGAUAAACCAUGGCUAUUGCAAGAGGAUAGCGAUCCCUCUCAUAGCAUGCGCAAAAAGGAGUUAGCACAAGAGUAUAAGAGUGCCCACAAUAUCCAAAACCUUGUCCAUCCUGCCCAAAGCCCUGAUCUCAAUCCCAUUAAAGCUAUUUGGAGCAUUAUAAAGCAAAGAUUGAGGCGU